AUGCUGGAAUUUUAUCAUAAUCUCAACAUUAACACCGGUCUGCCUCCUGCGGCACCAGCACCUGACACCAAUUUAAAGGAUAAUAAUAACAUGCUCGACGGGAACGAACGUACAGAUAUCGUCGGUACGAUCAAGAGCGAAAAAACGCAGGAAAUAUGCGAAGGAUGCGGACAAAAGAUAAAGGAUCGCUACUUUAUGAAGCUCUCCCCGGACCAGUUCUGGCACGAGCAGUGCCUUCUCUGCUGCAUAUGCCGCAUCCAGCUCAACCAGACGUGCUACACCAAAAACACCAAGGUCUACUGCAAGGACGACUACUACCGGAUCUUUGGCGUGUCAACCCUUCAGCAGCAGCAACAACACCCACACCAGAUGCAUGGCCAGCAGCGAGACUGUUACGGUUGUGGUGAACGAAUCGCCCCAAGCGAAAUGGUGAUGCGAGCGAAACACCUCGUCUACCAUCUGCACUGCUUUCUGUGCUACACCUGCAACCGGCCCUUGCAAAAGGGCGAACCGUUCUCGAUCCGUGCCGGUAAGCUCAUCUGCCAGCAUGAUCUGGAGAAGGAUUUUUACGGUUCCGCAGCGGCGGUGGCGGCGGCUGCAGCGGCCAUGCACCACCAUCACGGAUCGGCCGGACUCCCUCAUCCGACCCAUCUACCCUCGGGGGCUCACCUGUACGGGGAUGGGGACGACUACCUGCUUGAGGAUGGGCUGCGGACGCGGGAUGGCCGCCGGGGACCGAAAAGGCCCCGUACGAUUCUCACCUCCGCCCAGCGGCGCCAGUUCAAGGCGUCAUUCGAUGUGUCACCCAAACCGUGCCGGAAGGUUCGAGAGGCCCUCGCGAAGGAUACCGGCCUGUCGGUGCGGGUCGUACAGGUGUGGUUCCAGAACCAGCGCGCCAAAAUGAAGAAGAUAUCGCGCAAAUCGAAAGCGAACGCGAACGGAACCGAGGGCGAUAAGGGCCACUCGGACAAGGAGGACAAAUCGAUCAAGCUGGAGUCGCCGAGUAGCGACCACAGCCACUACCUGGGCCUGGACAGCUCGUACAGUUCCUCCAGUCAACCGCUCAACCCGAACCUUCCUUAUUCACCCGACUUUCCCGACAACUCCGACGCCAGCCUCUGCAGUUCGGACAUCUCGCUCGACGAAAGCUUCGACAACGUGGACGAAGCAACCUCCGAUACGAUGUCGCUGCAGAACCUAGACCUGCAGCCUAACCUGGGCGCUGGUGGUGGUGGAGGUCCUGGAGGGCUUCCGGGGCCAGGCAUUCACAAUGGUGGGCAAUUGGUGAACCACAACAAUAAUACCAUCGGUUCGAUGAUGUCCAACGUCGCCGGUAGCAUUACGCACAUCGAUAAGCUCUACCUGAUGCAGAACUCCUACUUCAACUCAACGGUGAUCGAACAGUGACGGAACGCGAGCACGGCCAUCGAACACCACUGAGAUCGGAACGGAACCGAACCUAGUCAAUCAAACCCGCGAGAUGUUAGAUCCUGUAAGCCAGCCCGAGGCCCAACCGAUCUUUUGCUACAUCCAGGUCAUCCUUGGGAGCUUUUCGUUGAAGGGGGACAAAAGCUCGGGGGGCACACCGUGAAGGGCGCUAUUCUUUUGUGUUUCCUCUUCUUCACUCUAUCGAUCUUCUUUUGAAAAGUCUUGUUCUCGCGAUUAAACAAGGGAAAGGAACAAAACGAAAGAAGAUCUUAGCAUCUGUUGCCCAUAUGUGGUUUUUCAUUUUUGCGAUUGGUAGUUUUUAGUAAUUUAUUGUUGUUACGGAGUUUCAGUUUUCCACACGAAUGAUAAUGCCUCCUAAUCGCGUACUGGAACGUAAGGGUAGCCAUUAGGGCCUGCAUAUUGAGAAAAUAAAUCCCAACCGAGCAAUUGUGAGA